GCCGGGCCGCCGCCCAGCCUCGGCGGCGGCCCCGCGGCCGCCGGCGGAGGCCUCCGCGGGCCACGCCCGGAGCCUGCUGCCCUUCCCAAGGAGAGCCCAGACGAGGCGGAGCAGCCGCGGCCGGCCGGCACCUCGAGGUCUCUGAGGGCCUCCUUCGACGGCACGGGCACCGCGAGCCAGCGCACGACCCACAGGCACAGCUCGAGGAGCGGCUCCCUGAGGCGCAGCUCCAGCAGGGCGGCGCUGGCGAGCACGCACCUGCACGGCACCUUCCCCAGCGACGCGUUCCGGGUGAACGCUGCAGAUGACGUCCUGGAUCUCGACGUCUCGCACAACUCCAUCUCCGACCUCAACGGCAGCCGCCUGCUCGCGUGGCUGCCCCAGCUCCGAACCGUCUGCCUGGCCGGCAACCUCCUCACCAGCGUCACCAGCGUGCUCCCGCUCGCGGCCCUGCCGCACCUCCAGAGCCUCGACGUCCGCGACAACCCGUGCCAGCCGCCCGGGGGCCGCCCCGUGCUCCUGGCCCUGCUGCUCGUGCCGCUCCUGGCCCACGCGCGCCGCGCGGCCCGGCUCCGCCCCCCGCAGCUCGGCCCGGGCCGCGGCGCGGGGGCGCCGCCGCGGCCGCGCGCGGCGGGCGGCGAGCCCGCGCCCGCGGGCACGGGGCGGGACCCCGUGCUCGCGGAGGUGGUGGCCUGCGCCCGGGCCCGCCUCACGCGCCUGCGGGAGCUGGGGGCGCGGGCGCGCAGCGGCGCGAGGGAGGAGUGGAGGCCCAGCCACGUGGCCGAGCUCCUCGCGAAGGGCCGCGCCUACCUGCCGGCCGCGAGCGCCCACACGACGCCGAUCGCUGCCCGGGCGUGCGGGAGCGGCGUCGCGGCCGGGGCGAGCGGCCACUUCCCCAGCCUCGUCGCCCUCGACGGGGAGGACAUCUUCGUGCACACGCUCGAGAGCGCGGCGGAGGCGGCGAGCCAGCUGCUCCUGGACGGAGCCGCGCCGGUGGCCAGGGCCGCGGGCAAGCGGAGCCGCGCGGUCGGAGGCUUCGACCUGCACCGGAGGAGCCAGGAGCACAUCAAGGAGUUCCACGCCCGUUUCCGCCGCGAGGUCCGGGAGUUCCAUCGGCGCCUCGAGGAGCGUGACCGCGAGAAGCGGAAGGUGGCGCGCAGCCUCUCCACGUCGGGCUUGGAGGGCCUUGAGGACCCCAUCGAGUUCGGCCUGGACGACGUGACCCUGCACCCACGCAGGAUUAUUGCUCCGGCGUCCCCAGUCGCCGCCUCGGCCGAACGGCUUCUGGAGGCGGCCGACGCUGGGGACACUCCAGAUGUCGGGCCGCUCGAGGACGACGAGCGGGCGUUCAAGGCGAUGGAGACGCAGCUCUGGUCGGACUUGCGCCACGAGGAGCUCCGGCUCGAGGCGCCCACCGUGGCCUUGCCCAAGAACGCGGAGUCGCCCGGGGCGCCGCGGAACGAGGCGUGGGAGGAGCAGGUGGCUGCCAGCAGGCGCGCGGCGGCGACGUCUGCGAAGCUGCCGGAGUGGCUGGGCAACUUCGUGCGCGUCCCGGUCCCGUUCAACGUCAGGGGGGUCCAGGAGCGGAACAGGGCCAUGGAGGUCGCCUGCGGCACGGCCAGCACGGAGGCGCUCGCGGGCGCCGUGGCCGCGGCGUUCGCCGACCCCCGCGGCCAGAAGGACCCCCGCGGCCACGGCCGCGCCCCCACCACAACCCCCUCGCCCGAGGCAGGGCCCGACCGGGGCGCCGCGCUGAAGAGGCAGCAGUCCCAGCGGCUCGCCAAGAAGCUGGGCCUGGGCGACGACACCUCGCACGAGCCCGAGGUGCUGCAGACCCUCCGCGCGAGCGGCACGCCCGGCGCCGACAGGCGAUCGAGCGUAGCGCUGCAACAGCGGCUGCAGCAGCUGGCCGAGGACUACCCGGAGGAAUUCAUGACCGCGACGGGCGACGAGCACCCGACGCUGCUCCAGUCCUCGCUGUGGGUCCUCGGCCUGCACGAGAGCCCGACCAGGCCCGACGGUUGGCGCCUGCGCUCGGUGCGGCUGACGGAGGGCGGGCAGCUCUGGGUGGGGCCCGAGCUCGGCCAGGAGGGCCCCGCGAAGCUGCACCUCGGCGGGCGGAGCGUGAUGAGCCUGCAGGUGCAGCGGUGCCGGCCGGGCGUCGAGGCCGUCUCCUCUUUGCACGGGCUGCCGGUGUUCCCGUUCCGGAUCGACCUGCUCGGGGGCCGAGCGAAACGAGCAAAGCAUUUCGCCGCGGCGAGCGCGCAGAUGUGUGACGACUGGAUGCGCGCUUGCAGAGGCCUGUUGCAUUCGGAGGUGGAGCUGCCGGGAUCCACGCCCGCAGAGUGAUGCGCCACGGGACCGUUGUGUACGCUCUCUGGGCAUCUCUGCUGCACGCUGCCAUGAACUGUCGGCGCAGGCAGAAGAGCAACAGACAAGAGUUCUCACCGUGAGGAAGAACACGAUGACCAUGACGAAGAUGUCGCAGGAUCUUGCCAUCGCCCGUCUUGGUCAUGGUCCAUGCCGGCCGUCUCCCAUCCACGAGGAGCGAUGACAAAGAUCGGCACCGACGUUUCCGCGUUCAGUCUUGGGUCAUGGUCGCGGAGUUUUAUCCUUCGAUUUCAGAUUACAGUCGGAGAAGUGGUAUCACGGUGUAUGGACUUCGCACGGGAACCACCAGCAUCUUAUGCCUCCACCGCUCCGCACUCUCAGCGGACGCGGCGAGGUGCAGACGGUGCCUCGGGACGCUUGGCCAAUCUCGUGGCGUUUGGCACCGUUCGAAUCGCUCUGCAGAUUGCUCAUGUUAGGGUCUUCGUUCACAGAGAGACGUCUCACGGUGGAUUGCCUUUUUGCUGCUAGUAACUUCGGUACGCUGCCAUGAGCCAGAGAAGGAGGACUAGGGUUUUUUCGCGACCUGUUUUGCAGGGCGCGUGCUUGUCGUACUGUUGCGUGUGAGGAAGUAUUCGGAUUCAGUUCCGGAAAGCUUACCCAUUGCAGACAGAGAAUUGUGAAUAUUCG